AGACUACCAGUGUCAUCUUCGCAUUGUUUUCCACUGUCUCCGUUUUCCACGAGAAACCCCCAGAAAAUUACCCCAAAAAUGCAAACAAAGUGCAACAGUGGCCAUCCAAGCUCGGCAUCUGUGAUUUGAAACUGUUCUUCCGUGUGCUGAGUGCGAGGAAAGGAGGCAAAAAAAAUGCACCGUCUCUUGAUAGCGAGAGUGGAGCAGUAAAAUGUUGGCUGACCUUCAGAACAUAAAUAAUACUUUUCACGACGAAUCCCUUUAUUCACCUAAAAUAUUUUGCGAUUCUGUAGUUAAGGCAGUGUGUCACAAUGCCUCUGUGUGCCCAUAAGAAAACACCAACGAGUGUCUUUCGCGAUAUUUGCUACCAAAGCCAGCUCGGCGACAGGAUUAAGAGGCGCCUGGCGACAUCGACAAAGGAUAGUAUAAACUUCGUCCAGAGCCUGAGUCUGUAUCGCGCUUUGAAGGUUCAUCGGGGAUGCGUGAAUACUGUGACGUGGAAUGAGAGGGGAAAUCACAUUUUGUCUGGAUCGGAUGACCAGACACUUGUUGUUACAAAUCCCUUCACUGGCGAUGUGGUGGUGAAGUGCAAGACCGGCCACCGGGCGAACAUCUUCAGCGCUAAGUUUAUGCCUCACACUGGCGAUCGGGAAGUUGUGUCGUGCUCUGGAGACGGGAAUGUGAUCUACACUGAGCUGAUGCAGUCGCCGGAAGUGUGCAAUACGGCCAAUAUCAAUGAAUUCAAUUGCCACAGCAAUAGCACGACUUAUGAGGUGGUGACCAUUGCCCAGGAGCCAAGAAGCUUCAUGAGUUGCGGCGAGGAUGGAACGGUGCGCCUGUUUGAUCUACGGAAAAUCUCAAAUUGCCACAAGAUGUGUUGCAAGGAGAACAUUGUUAUCAUGAGUCCGUCCUCCAUCACAGCAAUGGCAGUGUCACCUGUGCAUCAGAACUACAUUGCUGUAGGUAGUUCGGAUAGCCACAUCCGCAUCUAUGAUCGUCGUUUCUUGUCCUACAUAAAUUUCACGGCCGGUGGGGAACAGAUAACGCUGCCCGUGAAAGCUUUCAUGAUUCCCUCGCUGGAGAAGCGCCCGUUCAGAGUCACUUCGGUGUCUUACAGCUCUGAUGGGUGUCAAUUACUGGUCAGCUACUCAUCGGAUCAUCUCUAUUUGUUUGACAUCUCGCGCCAGGGCGUCGAGGUGGUGCCGCUGAAUGACAAGGUGAAGCGCAAGAUGCAGCGCCAAGAAAAUGCGGAUCCACCACCAGUGAGGAGGUUGAGAUUGCGCGGAGACUGGAGUGACACAGGCCCGGACGCGAGACCUGAGCGCGAAGCGAUGGAGGCUUCAGCAACGUCCUCAGGCCAAGUGCGUCCUAUUCUACAUGCCACGAUGAUGAACAGAAUGACGGAGGUGAUUUCACGUAUGCUGGCUGACCCAAGAACGAGGGCCAAUCUGAACCUCCUGAGCCACUUAGGACAGCAAGCGAAUCCCACUCUUGCCGAGGAGCAGAGACAGCAAGAAGCCGGGCCAAGUUCUGGGACUGGCACUGCUCCUCCGCCAUAUGGUAAUGGCAGCAAGAAUGCCCGGGAUCACGAUGCAGAUGCAUCAAAUUAUACCUCUGACGAGGAUGAGGAGACUGAGACCAAGUCCGAACUGUCGGCGCUGCAGGAGGACGACAUCGAACCGGAGACUAACUACGACUAUCUCCUGAUGAAGUUCACAGGCCACAGGAAUGCCCGGACGAUGAUCAAGGAGGCCUCUUUCUGGGGCGAUGAGUAUAUCAUGUCCGGCUCCGAUUGUGGGCAUGUAUUCACUUGGGAGCGUGCCACGGGAAAGCUGGUGAUGUUGAUGGAGGCUGACCAUCAUGUAGUGAACUGCGUGCAGCCACAUCCGACUCUGCCCUACUUGGCCACAUCCGGCAUUGACUAUGACGUGAAGAUUUGGGCACCGUUUCAAGGGGAUGACUUUGAAAAUGCACCACGCUUCGAUGAGGCAGAGGCACAGAGACUCAUGGAAAGAAACGCUGUGAUGCUUGAAGAGACUAAAGACACAAUUACCGUGCCAGCAGCUGUCAUGAUUAGGAUGCUGGCGUGCAUCCACUCGUUCAGGAAUAGAAAUAGAGGCAAUAUUGCUAGAAUCGAUGAUGAGGACGAGUAAAGGUAGCUCACAAUAGGAAACAAUUGAAGAAAUGUGGGAAUAAAUUAUGAAAAUCAAUAGAA